AUAUUAUUGAAAAAAUUCGAACGUCGAAUUGAUCAGUCACAGCUUUUGUUCUGACACGACAAGAUAGGUCACGCUCCUACCAUGGCCAAAAUUUUUAAGUAGCAGUAACCCUUUUUUGUAAAAUUUACAAGUAAAAUACCGUCUAGUAUAAGCAAAAUUUUGUAGCACAAUAAAAGACGAAUUUUAUCGUGAACAAUGGCUCUAGUUUUUAGGAAGGCGGUCUUACCAAAAAAUGUUUCGUUGCUAAAAUGCUUAAAGGGGAGACCUUUAGCCACUGCGGCGAAAAAAAAUCCUGCAGCAUUAUCGAAUCUCUCGUCGAUGAAGAGCACGAUGGAGCGACUAUAUAUGAUUCGAGAUGUACCAGUGGCGACUAUAUCAGGGCUGCCCACAACGCACGCUGCUCGUGAGAAGAGGAAGAAGCCGUCCAUGAUGCAGUACCGGAGCGCGUCCUGUCCCAACCUCGGCGCACGCCGGCCGCGCCAUGCGCUGCCCAUCCCCUGCCAGUACCUGGCGCGCGCGCAGCCCGCGGUGCUGGGGGACGAGCUGGGCGCGCACCGCGUCGUGUACAACUACGGCCGGCCCUACUUCCGGUCCGCGCCCGCGCAGGCCGAGCAGGCCGCGCUGCCGCCCGCCGACAUAAUGCAGCAGCUGGGCAACGUGUGCGCGGCCUGCCCGCCGCCGCCGUGCUCGUGCCCGGCGCCCUGCAACUGCGGCUGCUGUCUCCCCGCCCCCUGCAACACCCCUCCGCGCUGCGUGCAGUUUAUGACAGGUUACUACUACUACCCCUAUGGAUUUUGGUUCUGCGGUCCGUACCACGUUACGGGUACUUGCGUGCCCGGAGGACCGGUAGGUCCGGGUGGCCCCUGUGGACCCUGCGCUCCUAACCCAGGAGGGCCGUGUGGUCCGUGUCCCCCCUGCUGCUGUGUACUCGACCCCAGCGCAAUACUUUCUCCGACCAUGUUUAGCGAUAGCAACCCGACGUGUGACAUCCUCAGCGAGCUGUCGGCUGUAGAUUACACUAAGAUCAACUUACCGUCAUCAAUGAGUUGUUUGGCAUUGGGCUGCCUACCUAUGUAUGCGCCAUGCAAGCCAUGCCAGCCAUGCCAGCCGGGCCAGCCAUGCCAGCCAAGUGGGCCUCUAUCAUUCCCGAUGGCGUGCGGCGCGUGCCCCGGUUGUGGCCCGUGCGGCCCGUGUGCCCCUGUUUGUGGCGGCACCGGCCCGUGUGGUCCUUGUGGCCCCAAUGGUCCAUUUGGGCCGUGCGGUCCUUGCUUUCCUGGCGUAGGUUGCUCUAAUAGCGGCUUUGGUGGAUGCGGCGCCUGCAGUACCUGUUGUAUGGGUUCAGGUUGUGGAUGCUCCGGUUGCGGUCCAUGUGGUCCGGUCUGUUGCGGCCCGGUCUGUUGCGGCCCAUGCGGUCCAUCGUGUGGCCCUUGUGGGCCCUGUGGGCCAUGUGGGCCAUGCGGUCCCUGUGGCCCGUGUGGACCUUGCGGUCCGUGUGGGCCGUGUGGUCCAUGUGGUCCAUGUGGCCCCUGUGCUUGUGGGCCAGGCUGCGGUCCCCUUUGCUCGCCAUACAACCGUUGUGGCCCAUGUGGUCCAUGCGGCCCAUGCGGACCAUGUGGACCAUGUGGACCGUGCGGCCCAUGUGGACCAUGCGGCCCGUGCGGUCCAGCUUGCUUACCGUUUGGUGCAUGCUGCGGUGUUGGAAAUCCACCUGCUGCUCCUCCUCCCUGCACGCCUUGGUCGGGUCCUUGCUUCGAUUGCAAAUGUCCACCUGUUCCUGUAAUUGGGCCCGUCAGACCUGGUGGGCCAGGCGGGCCUAUAGCGGCGGCGGGUAGCGUGGCCAUGCCCUGCGGAGUUCCUCCCACGCCUUGCAGUGUCCCUCCCACGCCUGACACUAAGGACGCCUCCCCCGCCAAGACUACUUGUUUCUGCUCGACGCGCAACUCGCCAACUGACGCCAAACCUGGUGUACAGGGUGCGUCGACACCGAAUCAAGCGAUGCACAAGGCGAUACCUGAGUCGCGACCUGGCGUCAACCCAAACAUGAUCCGCAAAGACCCGGUGACCCAGUCGAACAAUUUGAACUCUCGUACUAACGCGCCGCUUAUGAACAACGUGCAGAUGAGCUACCUGUCCACGGCAAAAGGCUUGUCGGGGCUCCUGUGCACUAAAGACGGAGGCGCGCGCCCGAGCAAACCCCACGGCAAGCUCGAGUUACUAAAUAGACCGAAGGGCUAUUGCGUGAACAUGUCGAUUUCAGUCUACGACCAAGUUGCUAUCCUACAGAAGACGAAGUCCAACGUGGCGAGAGCUUUAUUACAUAACUACAGUCUGAAGGAAGUGAGAUGCGUGCCCACCCUAAGCAGUUACUUCUCCUGUCUGAAACCAAAGAGUUUACUCAAAGCUUCGAGUCAGAUAAUGCCAUUGAGCUCUGAUGCUGCCUUCAGUAACGGUGUAAAGAGGGCGUGGGCCCCGCUCAUUAGCCGUGCAGUGAAGUAAUUAUCUAGUACCGUAAACUAUCUUGUUUAUAAUGAUAUAUUUGGCUAAUAUAUUUCUUUGUUUUGAUCCAUUUGACUUCAGACUUGUAUUUUUUGUUAAAAUGAAAAUGUAAUAAAAAUUGUAAUAGCUAUA